GUGCUUUUCAAAAACUACUUACGUAAUUGUUGUUUUCUGAACGCAAUCAUUUUAUCACCAUCUGUUCGGUAAAUUUCCCGUUUCGAUCCAUCAAAUUUGGCUAAGCUGAUUGUGUAACCGUAAACAUGGCUGCUUCCUUGAUCAGGACGUGUACGGAAUUCAGUUUACUAAGACAACAACUCUACGAAAUUGUCAGAAGUGAUAAUAUAAAGAAGCAUAUCUUGUCCACUUUGUUUCUCACAUGCACACAAUGCCGGCAUUAUCAUAUAACACCACAAUACUUUAAGAAGAAUUUACCAAGGCUGAAGGAGAUAAAUAGUUUCAAAUUAAAAACAAAAAAGAAAUUGCCAGUUGUGGAUGUAUGGAACAGAAUGACAGUAUCAGAGCUGGCAACGUCUACAAAAAGGGACAUAGAUGAUAUUUUUCAAGCAAUUUUUAUGUCCGAUCCAGUUAGACGUUACAAUAAAGAUACUGUCAUAGAAGAUCAGAAUGUAUUGUAUAGUGCUGUACGAAAACUUGGGGCAAAAUUUAGGGUGAUUUCUAAACCAGAUAACAAAGUGGAAAAAGAUGUAAAGGAUUACGAUGCUGUUAAACGGCCUCUAUUGGAUGAAUCUGUACUAAUAAAGCGUUAUCCAGUAGUAACAAUUAUGGGUCAUGUUGAUCAUGGCAAAACUACAUUGUUAGAUACAUUACGUAAUACAUCUGUUGUAAAAACAGAAUUUGGUGGUAUCACUCAACAUAUUGGAGCCUUUAAUGUAACAUUGGAAACGGGAGAAAGAGUUACAUUUUUGGAUACUCCCGGACAUGCUGCGUUUAAUCUUAUGCGAAUGAGAGGUGCACAAAUAACUGACAUUGUAGUACUUGUGGUGGCAGCAGACGAUGGUGUUAUGGAACAGACUAUAGAAAGUAUACAAAUGGCAAAGGCUGCAAAUGUUCCGAUUAUUGUGGCUAUUAACAAAAUCGAUAAACCCGAAGCCGACAUUAUGAGAACGCAAAAUAUGCUUGCGCAACAAGGAAUUCAGGUAGAGGCAUUAGGUGGGGACAUUCAGUGCGUUAGUAUUUCGGCGUUACAUGGGACUAACAUAAGUAUUUUGACAGAGGCUAUAGCGUUACAAGCCGAGCUCAUAGAGUUAAAGGGCGAUCCAACAGGACUAGUUGAAGCUGUCAUAAUCGAAUCCUCUGUCGAUCGUUAUCGCGGCAAAUUAGCGACAGUCUUAAUUCAACGUGGCACUUUAAGAAAGGGCGCGUUUCUUGUGAGUGGUUUGGCGUGGGCUAAAGUGAGAGCCAUGUUUGAUCAUUCUGGACAUCCAGUUACGGAAGCUAAAUUAUCUGAAGCAGUGCAGAUUAUUGGAUGGAAAGAUUUACCCUCUGCUGGAGAGGAGGUACUAGAAGUCGAAAAUGAGAAGAGAGUACAUAUGGUUAUGCGAUAUAGAGAAGCGCAAAAAGCUACGCAGUUGGCACAAGAACAUAAAACUGCAGCAGAUAAGAAGCAUGAAGAACACCUGAAAGAAUAUGUAAAACUUCGAGAAAAGAGAAAAGCGCUCGGAAGAUAUAUAAAAUUAUCAAAUCCUAUUAAAGAAGAAAAACCCGAUAAUGAAAUACCUACAGUCAAUAUUAUCGUAAAAGGUGACGUGGCCGGCUCUGUAGAAGCUAUAUUGGAUGUUUUUAAUACAUAUGGAAGCGAUGACAAGUGUCGAUUGAGCAUUGUCCAUUAUGGUGUCGGACCUAUCACAGAAACAGAUUUACAAAUAGCAGACGCGUUUGAUGCCAUUAUAUAUCCUUUUAAUGUGCCUAUAAUGAAAAACUUGAAAGAAGCUGAUAAAAAAAAUAUAUCGAUCCGUCCGUACAAUGUGAUAUAUAAACUUAUUGACGAUGUUAAGAAGGAAAUAAAUACUAAACUACCGCCGCUCGACACUGAAGAAGUGAUAGGCGAAGCAAAUGUACUGCAAGAGUUUGAGAUCACAGAGAAGAAAAAAAAAGUAAAGGUUGCGGGCUGUCGAUGUGUCAAAGGCAUUCUAAAAAGAGAUGCAAUGUAUCGGUUAAUACGCGAACAAGAAACUCUCUAUACCGGGAAAUUGGUGUCGAUGAGACAUAUGAAAACUGAAACAGAAACUAUCAAAACUAAUGUAGAAUGUGGUUUGAGAUUAGAAGAUCCCACAUUGUCUUUCAAACCGGGGGACAUUCUAGUUUGUUAUCGGAUAGGCCAGAAACCGCAAGAAACCGAUUGGGAUCCUGGAUUUUAAACAGUCCUAAAAAUCGUUGACAAUAUAGAUCACCUUAACAGGAUAUUCUGGAAAUCACGUGGAGUAUAUUAAGACGCAUAAGUUUCGCGAAAUCGUCGUUGAAGAUGUUGAUACGCCGAGAGGACGCUACGUUUCUUCUUUUGGAGACGGCAAGGG